AGAUCUUUGAGUUUCUUGUUCCAAUUUAGAAUUAUUAAAUAUUUGUGCAAAGGACAAUGAAUGGACUUGCCGAGUCUCUCCUAAAAUAUGAUUGCCCAGUUUUAGUUCCCAAAAGCGCAGAUAAAAAAACAGCAAAGGGGCGUCCUACAAAAGCCCCCCUGAAGUCACAACCUCAGCGGUCUGCACGUCCUCGCAUAUCCAUAACAGCUACCCUUCAACACAUCGAACAGAAAAAUGAAGACAUCGUUACCUUCAUGUUUCCACCCAGAAAAUGGAUGGAGGGAAACCAAGAGUGGUUGCAGAGAGUGUCCACAGCACCAUCCACUCGACUGGAUGUGGUGAACCUGGAGGAGGAAAUGGACAGGAAGCUGCUUGAGCAGCGUGCCAUGGACACAGGCAUCUGCCCUGCGAGAAGACAGUUAUACACCCAGUGCUUUGAAGAGCUGAUCAGACAAGUGGCCAUCAUUUGUGCCGAGAGGGGUAUCUUGUUGUUGCGAGUAAGAGAUGAGCUCCAAAUGACCAUUGCUGCCUAUCAGAAGUUCUAUGAAAGCAGUAUGAUCUUCGGUAUGAGGAAAGCGCUGCAUGAUGAACAGGAGAAGGCAGCCCUGCAGGAAAGGAUUUCUGAUUUGGAGAAUUUAAAAGAGGAGCUGGUGGAGCAACUGCAUCAUCAAAAAGUUAAAUGUGUGGAAGUGAAAAAAACGGCAGAAGAAAAAAAACAAGCGCAAGAAACUAAGCACACGGAGAAGAUUCAGCACCUGAGGAAAAAUAACCAGCAGCUCAAGACCCAGCUGGAAGGAGCCCUCACAGCAAAGAAGUAACUUCCCAGAUUGCAGUGCGUCACCCAAUUAACUUUUUUUAAACAUUUGACUUGAGCAUCAGUAGGGGAGAUCCGCUGAUGAAGUUACAUUUAGAAAUG